AUGGAAGAAGCUCAAACUCAGGAUCAAAAUAAUGUAGAAAUGCAUGAAAUUGAAUCUCCUCCACCACAGCCUCAAGUUCCUGCCAUGAUAACUGAUGAGGAGAAGAAAAUGAGCAAGGGAAUUUUAGGAAUGCUAAUGUUCCAAUCAAAAGGAUCUCUAUUGGCAAUGAUUCCAUGCGUUCUUAUUGGGGCGGCUCCAUUGGUCGCCUUUCUUUUAUUUGGAAGAAUUCUAAAUCUAAUUUCCAAAUAUUACAUGGAAAUCCAACAAAAUCAAACACCAAAGGAUGUUAUGCAUGAUAUUGGAAUGAACUGCAUAUACAUUUGCAUUGUAUCUGUUCUAUCUGGAAUUUUGAAAUAUCUACAGACUUUUACUUAUAUCAGAAUUGGGGCAAACAUGUCAAAGAAUAUCAAAUCAAGUCUAUUCAAAUCGAUUGCCUGCUCAGAUAUUACACGGUCAUUUCGGAGAAUGGACAAAGUUUAUCAGGUAGCCAACGUCAGAGAAUUCUUAUUGCCAGAGCAAUUCUUAAAUCUCCGUCAAUCUCGCUUUGCGACGAAGCAACAUCAGCUCUUGAUGUAA